AUGGGUUACCAGAAUAUUUCGCCAUCGCCGGUUAUCAGAACUCAGCCGGUGUCACAACUCAAAUCAUCGGCCUUCUUCGGUUAUUCGAAUAGAACUCCACUCGCGAUCAUGACCUUGCCGACCAACCCACCAUCAACAUCGUAUUGUGCGCUACCUACACCACCACCAACACCUCCUACUGUCUCUAAACCUAGGACGUUUACGAAUUUUCCCCCGACCCUCAACUCUGAUUCCAAGAUGCUAUCAUCAAACCUACACACACUUCCAGUCGAACUUCUUCUAACCAUCAUCGCUUACUUACCUACUAAUUCCUAUCAAUCACUUACACGCACCUCUCAUACGUUGAGAGCUUUCUUCGCCAAUUAUGCUUCCAAAAUUUGCAAUCAGCGCAUCUUGACUCACUUUUCCGCCGAAGCAUCGAUUUUGAAAGCUUCCUUCACUGCUGUGGACUCGAUGGUGCAUACCUGGCUGGUGCCGACGCAUGAAGCCAUUCUUAGAGCCGAGGAAAACUUAUGGGAUCGGGAAGGCUCAAUUUCUUCGCUUAACCCACGUUAUACUGAUGAAGAGGCGUUAGCUUUCCAGAAGCGAAUGCUACUCUCUCAACCCGGGCCACAGUUUCUCUUAUUCUUGGAAAGAAGAGGAUGGGAAGUUCAAACGCGACACUCUAUGAUGGAAGAUAAGCUGCGACUUGUACAAGAGACUUCGGAUUCGGGAUCUUGGGAUAGUGGACUGGAACGGACGAAGAUGCAAUUGAACUCGUUCUUGAGUUGGAGUCUUGAAAGAGGGGUGGUUCGUGGGUUUCUAGAGGAGUUGGGCAGUUUUUCAGAAGCGUUCUUGCACGUCGAGCAGCCCGAUGCGGAGGAUACCUGUGAAAAGCAAACGCAGACAUUUCAGAAUCGAUUGCGGUCAAAAGGCAUGGCGCUAAAGGCCAAGUUCGGUAAACUUGGACGACGGAAAAGUCCCAAGCAACCGGAAGGAAGUAGCCUCCUGUUCGGCGAGAUACCCAGUGACAGUGAGAAAACUGGCAUUUCGACCAAAGAGCUAGAGUUUAGUGGACUAUCUGAAGGGCUCUUGUGGUAUCAUGGCCGCACGGGGGUUUCGGGACAUGCUCCUCCGGCUUUUGAAGCAACAAGAACACAGGGUCCAUUACAUGGGAACACCAAGGACAAAAUGCGAUUAAGAAGAUGUGUAAGAUCAAUGGUCAAAUCAGUAGCCAAAACGGGAAGGAAGGUGAAGAAUACUCUCAGUCUGGGUUGGAGUUGUGGCAAUGGGCGUUUUGAGAGUUUGGAUUAG